UCAACAAUAUUGAUGUACCCUGCCUCAUAUAACGUGGAGUGUCAAGUGCAAAGCCUUCACAGAUGAUCCUUCACAAGAUGCAGUUGCUACCAAGAAAAGGCUUUCUCUCUGCCUCACCUGUGACUUUUUAAGAUGGACUUUUAAUGGGUGCACAAGAUACCUAUUGCUUCCAACUGCUGCUUAUUAUGUAUCCCCACCUACCUAAGAAAAUCAAAGUUUCUCGCACCUAUUUUGAGUACUCCAUCCCUGUUUCAGAAAAUAGAAACUACAUUUUAUACAUGGAGGAACAACAAAAGAAAGCUACAGCUACAAAAUGCCCUAGAAAGCUAGACUACAAUGCCCCAUUUUUGUCCACGCGACGCCCAAGUAGCGCAAAUGGCUUACGGUUGUCUCGCAGAAGCUCAAGAGGCAGUUGGCUCGAUACAAGCAACUGGGUACCAUUUUCUUGGGAGCAGAUUCCUGGAAAGCCUAAAGCAUUAGAAAAAUGUGACACUCUUGACAUUAACGUGCUCCCUCCAAAACUCCCACCGAGUAGAUGGCAUCCACCAAAAGUAACAACCAAAAUACGUAACAGAGAUCAAUGUCACGUUGAUGAUGAUGAUGACAAAGAGGAGGAUGACAAAGGCUGUGAUGGUGAUCAUGAUGAUUCUGGGCAUGAUGUUUUCUCUGAUGCCAUUGACACGUUCUCAUUAGGCGAAUCAACCUAUUGCAAUGGAUUAGGAAGGGUGAAUUCGGAAAUUGAGGAGACUAGGGGUGCUCUAUCUCCGAGUUUCAUCAUACAGCGAUUUCUGCCAGACGCUGCUGCAUUGGCUGCAUCGUCGUCUGCUUUAGCUAUUGCCAAGAAUUUGAACAAUAGGCUUCCUCAAUCAAGCAAUUCCAGCAGGGGAUCAUGUGUUUCACAACCUUACCCUUCACCAAAAAGCUGUGGCUUGGAGGUUUUCUUCCCCUGGCGGUUGAAGCCCAAGCCUUGUGGACUUAAAAGCCCAGUGCAUCAAAAAUCUAUUGAAGCAAAAUCUCAAUGGAGCUCGAGGAGAAAGAAAAAUCAUAGAGAUCAAGAAAUGAAGGAAAAGAAAGAAGGUGUAGUAAGCUUGUACCCAAGAUAUUCAACCUGAAUCUUGGAACGUGUUAAGAGUUGUGGCACGAAUUCGAGGCACUUGAAUCACGGUUUGGAUUCAGUCACCUAUGAAUUUGCAGAAAACAUAUAGAAAGUUAUGUGACCAAGCAGUGUAACGUUAGAAGUCUAUAACAAAACAAUGGGAUUUGGUAU